AAAGCCCCAACUCAGACUCAGACUCCAGUUAAUUCAUUUCUCAGUGUACAUGUAACACCAGUGGAGAGAGAAUGAAGGAAAUACCACUGUAUGUCAUUAUUGUACUACACAUCUGGUCCUACGGUGUUAAAGCUCAAGAAUCUGGAAAAGGCUGUCAAAGACCCCAACUGGACAAUGGCUUUGUUGACCCGGAGCAGGAAAUGUACCAGGAUGGCAUGACUUUGACUUAUGCCUGUGAUAAAGGUCUGAAGACACCAAUGGAAGGCUGGUGGGGGAUGAUUAAAUGUGAGAAUGGUAGAUGGUCUGAUAGUCCUCUGUGCACGGCCAGUCGUUCUUGUGAUGCACCUCCUCAAGUGAACCAUGCAACCAUUGUUCAACAUUAUCAACACAAGUUUAGUAAUGGAUCAAAAGUGGUUUAUAAAUGCAAAAGAUCCUUCAUGAUGGAGGGGAAUGCAGAUAUAUUCUGCCUUUCAGGAGAAUGGACCUCAGUCCCCACAUGCAGUCAUGAGGACUUACGGAAGUGUAUGGACAGCCAGUUUCAGUGCAGUAACAGAAGGUGUAUACCGACCACCUGGAGGUGCGACAAAGACAACGACUGUUCCGACAACAGCGACGAGGAAAACUGUGGUAAUGAAAAUGUAGAUCCAUAAUGGGUUGUUCAUGAUGAAGAUGUGACUUACUGAAAGACCUGAGGAUGGAUGAUACCUUGUCCAUUUGUUCACAUAUCACAGCAUAUGUGUAUUUUCUUAACAGGGCUAGUAACAGGAAAUCAAUAGAUUGUUUAGGAUAUAACUGAUAAAUGUAGCUUUUA